AGCUUCAAAUGCUCAGAGAACGCUUUAGUGCUGUGUGCUACGCAGCAGUGUGGCGGCAUUGGUGAGCUCAUCUGUCUUGAUUCAUCAUUAGCUCCAAAGAGCCCCAAACUGUUUUACUGCUGGUGCUCCUCUUUCUUUGCUUCUUAGUUGAAAGUCUAUUUAUACGUUCUGAGAAUGCUUGAAGUGAACUGCAGCAACAUCGAGUUUGAUGAGGUGGCUGUAAACGACAUUCCAACCUAUCGGCCGAUUCGAGUACGAAACAAAACCGAUACUCCAUUGUCUGUCAGCAUCGCUUCCAGCAGCUCGUUGCUGCGCUUCCAGUUGCACAACGAAAACUAUGACGCCAUCCAGCAGGUUGGAUUGCGCGACUCUCUCUACGUAUACGGCGAAGCGUUUGAUCUUGUCGGCCUCAUCACAUCCUUUGAGCUUGCCCCACAUGAAGAAAAACAAAUGGUAGUUGCCUUCCGCGCCGAGCCUGCUGCGUUCUCUCAUCUCGUUACGGGUGCACAGGCAACUUCUUUCAUCGGCACGGUGCAGCUCACGACUACCAGUGCGCAGCCAGCGCCACCUUCGACGCUUCGAGACAACGCCGAAGACACAACAGGUGACGAUGCAACGCAGGUAGCGUCACCGACUUCUUCUUCGCAGCAGAGCACCAGAUCCUUCACGAUUCCUUUUCGGGCAAACGUGUACGUCUCGUUUCUGAAACUCUCUUUUACCGAAAUUCAGGUCGCUAUGGCACCCAAUAAAACGCAGGUUGCCGACUUUGUCGUCACCAACACCUCCUGCCAACCGGUACUGUUUCUGAUUCGCGAUCAACCGAUGCCGCUGAAAGGCCUGGAUGUUGCCCUCUACGAAGCCGACAAGUUUGAGGAUCCGAAGCUGGGGCACCGCAUUUUGCUGGACAGCUACGCGUCCAUGACAUUCUCGCUGAUGCUGCGCUCUGGUGGGGCGAACUCGAACGUGCAGCAGCAGUAUCACACCGUUCUCCAGUGUGACAAUUUGCGUGACAAACGCAACUCAACGUUUGUGUACGUCAACGUCAACGUCGGGACAGAAGCAGAUGGUGACUUUUUGGAGCUUUUGGACACAUCGAUCGACUUCGGCGAUGUGUAUCGCGGUACGAAAGCGCUAGCGCAACUCCGCGUUCAAAAUGUUGACAGUCGUGAGGACGUUGUCGUGCGACUCGCCGACACCGAUCGACGCAAGUACGACGGCAAGUUCUCGUUGAUGAAGGGCAGCGCGACGGUGGAUGAGCUGACAAUCGUGGCGCGGAAAGGGAGUCCGUCCACGGCUAUCACGCUGAUGUAUCAACCCUCUUACGAUGCCGAAAACAGGGAGACAGCAAAGAAGAAGUUUGAAGUCGAACUGCUCGCAGAAUCGGCAAGUCGCGCCAGCAGUCAACGUGCGGUGAUUCGAUGUGCGGUGAUGCUUUUUACGAGUAACAUCGUGGUGUCUCAACACUCCGUCAACUUUGGUGGCUGCCAGGUCGGACAGAGCAAACGUUACACCUUUCUGAUUGAAUACCAUUCGCCACUGCAAAGAAAAAAUGUAAUGCAGCUGCGCAGCAAAAUUAUUCAAAUCGAGGGAAUCCUGCACACAAACAAAAGCGCACUCCAAGAGCUGUGCGAAAACUUUACCAUUGCGCCGUCAGCGUCACCACCUCUCACGCUGAGAAUAACACCGCAGCGUGUGAAUCCAAUGUAUCGCAAGCAGCUCACCAUUAUCAACGCGUCCAAUCCGGUGGAGGACCGGCAGGUGAUGAACAUCGAGGCAAACAACAUGUCAACACGUGCAACAAAGUUGCACGACGAGUUGUACUCGUGGAAAUGCGAUCUUGGUGGCAGUGGCAACAACAGCGGCGGCACCGAUGUCGCUGACACUCGUCACGGGCCGUCCACGCUGUGGGCAAUCUCAGACGUACUGCUGCUCAUUCCGUACAGUGUGCAGUCGAAGGUGAAUCGUGAGGUGGUGCUAAACAUGCGCUCGUCGUCGCCGGAGAUCGAAGUUUUCUACUCCACCGAUGUCGUCCUGUGCGACAAACUAGGCGAAAUAUCAGCGGAACUCCGGCGGCUCUGCUUGUACGGCGAAGGCGAGGACUCCAGCUAUCUCACAAACGAAUCCGCCGAGCAGCUCUUCAAGGCGCGUGCGAUACUCCUGAAGUUUCUGAGUGAAACGUCACGCAACAUUACGAACCGCUUUCUUCUGGAACUGAACGCGUCGCUGUAG